AUGAAAAUACGCGGUACCGGCGGCAGGACGCUCCACCGGAGGCUUCUGGCCAUGCACGUUAUUGCGUCCGUCAAUAUGAGCGCAGGGGCAGCGAAGUACAUGCUUCCCCUUUCGGAUACUUCGUGCCGGGUGUCUCAUCGAGCAUGGAUCGCUUCACUCCUGUUCUACGACGCGUGCCUGGUGCUGUUUCUCCUUGCAAAGACAGGCGUUACGAACGGCAACAGAACUCUCACCUGUUGGGAAAAAGGAAUUACCUGGUGGUCUCGCUUCUGGGCCUGGAUAUACCUGCCGGUGUCAGCAACGUUCUUGGGCCUUACCUUUCCUGGCGAGGUAAAUUCGGAGGGGACGGCGUGUUUCAAUAGCUACAGGGAGGAGACGGACACUGCGGAGGUCGGGGAUGUGGCUGGAUUCGCUAGCAACAAUGUCUUGUUAACUGUCCAGUACGUGCUGCUGCUGGCGAUGUUCAUAAAGCCAAUGCUUGUUUCGCAAGGCAACACUCAAUCCGGCGGGGCGGUGUACCGCCGGGUGGUGAUCCGGAAUAUAGUGUGCACUAUCGGCAUCGCCUGUGCGUACGUGAUCACGACGGUCGUGGUGGUCCUCGCGUUACUCAGCAGUUCGUCUGAUACCAACAAGAGCGGCGUCGUUCUCAGAUGUGUGGCCUACUCAUCGCGGGUCCAUUACUCUACCGUGCCCCCUUGA